UCUGUACAUUCAGUAUUCGGCUCCACCCAACUGCUGAUAACUUCAGCCAGCCACAUCAACGCAGGUCUGACUCUGACAAGUCGUCGACUGCUCUGCCUUUGGGAGAGCGUUUGUACUCGCUAAAUCCACAGAUGAAUAGCCUGUCGUAACAUCUAAGACAUUGCUUUACAACUAUUAAUUAUAUAUUUUUAACAUCUAGAUCGAUUGUUAUUAUGGAACGAACUAGUCGCCUGUUGUUUUGAAGUAGCUAGCUACGACGACUUAAUAGCAGCUAGCUCGCUAGCUAAGUCAAGAUACUGGUAACUAGCUCCUAUCUGAGGUUACGUUGUUUUUCCAAAGGAAAAAAGGUUGCUACGUCUAACUAGCGAAUAACAAAAAGCAAACUACGUUAACUAGCUAGUCUAGCUAGCUAAAACUAUUAUUUAAUUGGUUGGCUUUCUGUUCCUUUGGAUGCGGAAGAUGGCCCAGUCACCGGGUGCGGUGCAAGUGCCUGGGAUGCAGAACAGCCGGACGGACCCUGAGGAGCUGUUCACCAAGCUUGAGCGUAUUGGGAAGGGCUCCUUUGGCGAGGUGUUCAAGGGCAUCGACAACCGCACCCAGAAAGUGGUGGCCAUCAAGACCAUAGACCUGGAGGAAGCUGAGGAUGAGAUGGAGGACAUCCAGCAGGAGAUCACCGUGCUCAGCCAGUGUGACAGCCCCUACGUCACCAAGUACUACGGCUCCUACCUCAAGGGCAGUAAACUAUGGAUCAUUAUGGAGUACCUUGGUGGUGGCUCAGCUCUGGACCUGCUGCGAGCAGGGCCCUUCGAUGAGUUCCAGAUUGCCACCAUGCUGAAGGAGAUCUUGAAGGGCCUGGACUACCUCCACUCCGAGAGGAAGAUCCACAGAGAUAUCAAAGCGGCCAACGUUCUUCUGUCAGAGUGUGGCGAGGUGAAACUGGCAGACUUUGGCGUGGCGGGCCAGCUGACAGACACCCAGAUCAAGCGGGAGACGUUUGUGGGAACGCCCUUCUGGAUGGCCCCCGAGGUCAUCCAACAGUCUGCCUACGACCACAAGGCUGAUAUCUGGUCUCUGGGCAUCACUGCCAUUGAGCUGGCCAAGGGUGAGCCUCCCAACUCAGACAUGCACCCUAUGCGGGUCCUCUUCCUCAUACCAAAGAACACUCCACCCACACUCAGUGGAGAUUUCUCCAAGACCUUCAAAGACUUUAUAGACUCCUGCCUCAACAAAGACCCUUCAUUUAGGCCAACAGCUAAGGAGCUUCUGAAGCACAAGUUCAUAGUGAAGAAUGCCAAGAGGACGUCCUACCUCACUGAGCUGAUAGACCGGUUGAAACGCUGGAAGGCCGAGGGACACAGUGAUGGAGACUCCAGCUCUGAUGACUCUGACUCGGAGUCCAGUAACAAGGAGAACAACUCCUCCCAGCCAGGCUGGUCCUUUACUACAGUUCGCAAGAAGAAAGACCCUAAGAAGGUUUCCAAUGGAACGGACCAAGACCUCCUGAAGAAAUCUACCAGCUUGACCACGCUGAUUGCCCCAGUAUUCACUGAGCUGAAGCUGCAGCGCAGGGAUGGAGAGAUGAAGGGAGUGAUGGAGGACUUGGAGAAAAGCAUCCACCUGGCUGAGGACAUCUGCCCCGGAGUCACAGACAAGAUGGUCAACCGCAUCGUCGACAAGUUCCAGAGAUUGUCUGUCAGUUAGUGGCAUGUGGAGGGCAGGUUUAGACGCUUGAUGAGGACCACGCCUCCAGAGUGCAUCAUCAGCCUCUAUGCCUUUUCCCAUCAUCCCCCAUUCCUUUUCCCAUCAUCCCCCAUGCCUCUCCUCUGAUCAGCUCCCCCAGGACCAAUGGAUGCAGGGAAAGAGGGAGGACUCCUGCUGUGCACACUCACUGAUCUUAUAACCAAAAGGAUAUUUUAAAUGUAUAUUUGUUGAAAUAUGUUUUGUUAUUCUAUUUUAUUUAAUCCCUUUAAAAGUAGGCUCAAGCUAGUGCCCAAAGCAGAGCCUGUUACUGUUAUGGUAGUCAAUAGUAUUUUAGUUUUGUAAUAUUUUCAGUCUGAGACAACAACAAAAAACUCUAAGGUUGCAACAUCAAUCUUCUGCUGAGUAUAAGACAUAGCUACUUAAAGAUAUUUCAUUUUUUUUUACUGCUACUAAAAAUGUUUAAGUAGCUAUAUUUUAGAUGUUCAGUGUACUGCACUUGUUUCUGAUGUCUAGCUUACCAUCUUCAUGUCACUUGUAGCAUUUAGAAACCUGCUGUUUGGAGAACUGCAUAUCUAGUCAAACCACAGGAGUUCAGUACCUCUCUGCUGAGAGCAAGCCAUGGUUGAGGAAAGACUCAUACCAGUGAAUGUCCAUAGAAACUAAACUUCUGUUUGUGACCAUUUGGAAACGGGUCACUUGUUUGGGCAUUGGGGAAAGAUUGUAUAGGAAAUGGGUGGAGGACUUUGCUGCGCAAAAAUGUAUCACACCCUCUCAUUCCAAAAGAUACAAAUCAUAUCUAUCUUAUGGGAUCUUAGCUCUGUAAGGGGCAAUCCUAUUGGAACCUUCAGAGAUCUGCUUCUGAAGGAAAUAUGCACUGCACACACUUUGAAGGGGGUGGAGCUUUUUCUAAAUAUACUUGCUAGUUAUUUCCCUGUUUCAGACUAGAUCUCAAGGGAGACGGGGUACUUUUCUGUCUUAAAGACAAUAUACUCUCCCUCUACCAAAAAAAUACUUGAGUGCUCAAGUGAAAUGGCAAUGUCGGUAUUGUGGACGUGUAAUGUUUGAAACAUUGGUAUGAGUCCUUGAGUACUCUCUCUACUGGGGAGUCGUGUAUCUUUGAACAAAUCCCAAAUAAAGACUUUAUUGGGAAUUUUAUCAGCCAAGCUCAAAUGCAUACAAAAGGGUGCCAUCUUUGGUGUGGUGAUGACACUGCCCCUUUUGGAGGAAGUAUGCCAACUUAACAUCCAACAGUGCCUAAAACUUAAGAAUUGCAGUGAUAUUCUCUAUUUAAACUUAAGAAUUGCAGUGAUAUUCUCUAUUUAAUUGUGGUCAUGUAUCAUCAAAUGCAUUAAAUGGUAAUAAUACAUUUUGCCAGAGUGUUUCAAGUUUUUAAAAGCAAUAAGGUAUUUGAUCAUUGCAUAUUUUUAUAUUUCCUCAAAUGACAUUCAGAUGGCAAAACUACGAUUAUUUAGUUUUUUUGUUUAUAUAUUUCUGUAUCUGAACUUUAUAAUGGAAACCGUGUUGACUUCGCUUUACAGGAAGCUGUCAAAUGUACAUAUUGGAUAGUCUUUGCUUCAAUCGUUAUUCAUUUUGGUUUGGUCUUGAAAAAUAAAUAUUUAAAUUAUGAA